GAGCGCGCGGUGAUUGGCUGGCGGCCGUGACGCGCGCGGCGGGGCGGAAGUGGCGGCUUCGACCAUGGACAGCAGUGAUGACAUUGAGGAUGUGUCUCUCUUUGAUGCAGAUGAUGAUGUAUCCAGGAGAUCCAAAAAGUCAAAAAUAAGGCACCCAGUGGCGUCAUUUUUCCACUUAUUUUUCCGAGUCAGUGCMAUAGUUGUUUAUCUGCUCUGUGAGCUCCUAACCAACAGCUUCAUUGCCUGCAUGGUGACCAUCAUCCUCCUCCUGUCCUGUGACUUCUGGGCUGUGAAGAAUGUCACAGGGAGGCUCAUGGUUGGCCUUCGCUGGUGGAACCAGGUGGAUGAUGAUGGCAGAAGUCACUGGGUCUUUGAAGCCAGGAAGGUGUCAGCACAAGGGGGUAAAACCUCAUCUGAAGCAGAGUCCCGAAUUUUCUGGCUGGGCCUGAUCACCUGCCCCAUGAUCUGGGUGAUCUUUGCCUUCAGUGCUCUCUUCUCUUUCAAAGUGAAGUGGUUGGCAGUGGUGAUGAUGGGGGUGGUGCUGCAGGGAGCCAACCUCUAUGGCUACAUCAGGUGUAAAGUAGGCAGCAGGAAGAACCUGACCAGCAUGGCAACCAACUACCUUGGCAAGCAGUUCCUGCGGCAGACCAUGGCUACAGAGGACCAAGCAGCAUCCUGAGUGUGGUGGGAGCCUCAAGCCAGGCUGAUUCCCAGCACUGACCAGCAGAGGACAUUGCUCUAACCAAUCUGGGAGCUGCACACAAGGUGUGAAUCAAAAGAAGUAAAUAAAUUGUGCAAGACUUGAGGUUAA